AUAGACUCCAUAACGUCCAGUAACCAUCUCCCACAUCAAAUAUAGUUAUGCAGAUUGCUUGCUUUGGCAUUUUUCCAGAUUUGGAUAGGAAAGAAAGACAUUUUCCUAAGGUUAAGAAAUGGGAGACUGGUCCAUUCUUGGCCGCUUCCUAACGGAGGUGCAGAACCACUCCACGGUGAUCGGCAAGAUCUGGCUGACCAUGCUGCUUAUAUUCCGCAUCCUACUGGUGACCCUGGUAGGGGACGCGGUGUACAGCGAUGAGCAGUCUAAGUUCACCUGCAACACCCUGCAACCUGGUUGCAACAACGUCUGCUAUGACACCUUCGCCCCUGUCUCACACCUGCGCUUCUGGGUCUUCCAGAUCGUACUCGUCUCCACACCGUCCAUCUUCUACAUUGUCUACGUGUUGCACAAGAUCGCCAAGGAUGAGAAGUUAGAGAUUGAGAAGAUCCAGGUGGUCGCCAAGCACCCUCCUGCAUGUGAAAGGCUCAAACAUGUAGGGGUGGAGGGUGGGGAAGCCGUGGGGGCCAGCAGCCCCUCCUUCAACCCCCACUAUGAGGAGGAGUGGGGCGCCCGGGAAGGGGAGUGUGUGGAGCAAAGCCUGCUGGAGGAGGACUUGAGGGAGGUGGGGGAGGACCCCACCGAGCUGUCCAGCCAGGUACUACUGACCUACAUCAUCCACGUGGUGCUGCGCUCCAUCAUGGAGAUAGCCUUCCUUGUGGGCCAGUACUACUUGUUUGGCUUUGAAGUGCCUCACCUGUUCCGCUGUGAGACCUACCCCUGUCCCAACCGGACUGACUGCUUUGUGUCUCGUGCCACGGAAAAGACCAUCUUCCUCAACUUCAUGUUCAGCAUCAGCCUGGGAUGCUUCAUCCUGAACAUUGUGGAGCUGCACUACCUGGGCUGGGUCUAUAUUUUCCAUGUGUUGUGCUCGGCCUGCUCCACAUGUUGCGAGCCAGAGAGGGACCCUGUGGAACGCGUGGAUCUGUAUCACAACCACAACCCUCUGCUGCUGCAGCUCAAACACUCCCUACGAGGCAGGGUGGUCCUGCAGACCCCCCCUCCCAUGUCCCAGGAGAAGAGCAGUGGCAUCUUGUCAACCCACAUCCCUGCCAUCUCCUUUGAGACGGACUCCACAGUAGAGUGCACCUCCAAGAGGAGCCCAGAUGAGAAAGAACGCACUAAGGCCAAACUGGUCAACAUGUCCAAAACAGGCAGAGGCAAGAAGUCCUGGCUGUGAACUAUCAAUCUGUCCUUUCCUUUAAAUAUUCUUCCUUUACUUCCUCCUCUGAUUUAAUUUGUUUACAGUAAGACAGAGUACAAAAGGGCCCCCUGGAUCAAUGAGGUUCCCCCUGGAGGUCACGGUCCCUGGGCACCUGCUCUGCAUGCCCGGUCAUUAUUUGGUCAUGAUUAUUACAUGUUUAGAUAACUGGCUAGAAUAACUUACUAAUCAAAAAAUUGUUAGCUGACAUGGCUAAUUGAGUGACUUUCAGUGACUGAUAGAACAAGAGAAAAUCUUCUGAUGCACAGCCAAAUUUCUAAAUUGCACCUUGUGUAUUCUACUACUCUAACUAAAAGAAAAUGUGCUGCUUAUGCCUGGAGUGUACACGGGUACAAAUGCAACCACCGUGGUAACUAUUCAUAUAACAUCUAUAAUAUAACCAAUGAUAUGGUUUCCAAAGGAAAUAACACUUGCCACUAUUACAACAUAUUCAGUGCAUUCGGAAAGUAUUCAGACCCCUCGACUUUUCUCACAUUUUGUUACGUUACAGCCUUAUCCUAAAAUGACCCUUGACCUAUUUUUUUCAUCAAUCUACACACA